AUGGAUCAGUCGACCGGAGAGACGGUAUUGAAAUCAGAGAUUCCGGUGAAGGAUCAGAACCCAAAGCCACCACAGAUCACCGAUCCGAAACCAGUGGAUCAAGGACCUAAAGGAGCCGAGGAUGCGAGUUCUGUGAUCGUCUUAUCUGAGGAAUCUGAGCUACAAGGUGGAACCGAGACUAAAGGAGCUCAAACACCGACUCGAUCUUCAUCUGGAUCGAGGAAAUCUGUUCAUUGGAAUCCGGAAUUGGUUUCUGAAUCACCGGCUCCGGAUCAGAAAUCUUCAUCGUCUUCCUCAGCUCGAUCUAAUCCGUACAUCGCUCGUUCUCCAGCUGAAACUACUACAGAUGCAUCGUUGAAAGAUACUAUGGAGUCUGUGAAAGGUGUGCUUGGUAGAUGGGGAAGGAAAGUUGGAGAAGCGGCUAUGAAGGCAGAGAGCCUCGCCGGAAACACGUGGCAGCACCUGAAAACUGCACCGAGUUUUGCGGAUGCGGCGAUGGGAAGAAUUGCGCAGAGUACAAAGGUAUUGGCAGAAGGAGGGUAUGAGAAGAUUUUCAGGCAAACUUUUGAAACAGUUCCAGAGGAGCAGCUGCAGAAUUCGUUUGCGUGCUACUUGUCGACAUCAGCUGGUCCGGUCAUGGGAGUUCUUUACAUAUCCACUGCUAAACUUGCCUACUGUAGCGAUAACCCUCUCUCGUAUAAAAAUUCUGGCCAAACUGAAUGGAGCUAUUAUAAGGUAGUAAUCCCAUUACAUCAGCUAAAAUCGGUUAAUCCUUCGACGAGCAUAGUCAAUCCCGCGGAAAAGUACAUCCAGGUAAUCUCGGUCGAUGACCAUGAGUUUUGGUUCAUGGGUUUCUUAAACUACGAAGGCGCUGUUACAUUUCUGCAAGAUACAUUGAAAGCUGGUGCGGUACAGUCAGUGUGA